AUGCAGCAAGGGAAUCAGUCUGCAGUGAAGGAGUUUGUACUGCUGGGCCUCUCCCAGGCAAGAGAAGUCCAACUUCUCCUUUUUAUCCUGUUCCUCGUCUUCUACUCAUUGGUCUUGCCAGCAAACGUCCUCAUCAUCUUGACCAUCCGGAGUGACCCUCACUUGGGUGCCCCCAUGUACUUCUUCUUGGCCAACUUAGCCUUCCUGGAUAUCUGCUACUGCUCCGUCACCCCUCCCAAGAUGCUGGCCGACUUCUUCUCCCGCCACAAGACCAUCUCCUACAAGGGCUGCAUGGCCCAGCUCUUCUUCCUCCAUUUUCUCGGAGGAGCUGAAAUCUCCCUUCUCAUUAGCAUGGCCAUCGAUCGGUACGUGGCCAUUUGCCGCCCACUGAAUUACUCAAAUGUAAUGAGCAAACCAACCUGCAGCGUCAUGGUGGUGGGAUCCUGGUGUGUGGGAUUCAUGCACUCCAUUAUCCAAGUCAUCUUGAUUGUCCCUCUCCCAUUUUGUGGCCCCAACAAAGUGGAUAGUUUCUUCUGUGACAUUACCCAGAUUGUCAAAUUGGCUUGCACGGACACCUACACUGUGGAACUCUUCAUGUUUGUGAACAGUGGCAUUUCCAUCCUGAUCUGUUUCAUCCUCCUCCUUGUCUCCUAUGGGAUCCUGCUGGUCAAGGUGAGGACAGGCUUGAGCCAAGGGAAGAGCAAAGCUGCCUCCACUUGUAUCACCCAUAUCAUCAUGGUGGUCAUCAUGUUUGGACCUGCCAUCUACAUCUAUUGUCGUCCGUUCAUGGAAUUUCCUUUUGACAAGGUCAUGGCUGUUCUCCACACUGUGGUCUUCCCCUUGAUGAACCCCAUGAUCUACACUCUGAGGAACAGAGAGAUCAAACAAGCCAUGUGGAGACUGUUGAGCAAAUGUAGACCUAGGAAAAUAUCUUCUGUUGUUGUGCUUCAACAGGUAUUCCACCAGAUGCUGUCAGUGUUCCUGUGGGAGAACACACCUUCCAAGCCUUGA